UGAUCAAAUGGGGAAGGUAGAUAAUUGGAUUUAUUAUUUUUUUAAUGUAAUUUACAAUUGUUUCAUUGUUAAAAUCUCCUCUGAGGCCUUGACAUGCUGAUGUAUUGCCAGUACAAGAUAUUCGGGACAAUUGAACUAGGAGAGACCGGUUGUAUUUACAGGGCCAUUAACUCUCAGACUAAUCAAAUGGUUAUUUUGAAGCGGGAAACCUUUCUCAAGGGAAAUGAAGGUGUCCCAUGCUCCAUAAUCAGAGAAAUCUCCUUUUUGAAAGAGAUGGAGCAUACGAACAUUGUCAAGUUGCUAGAUGUAGUGAACAAAGAGAGGUCAGUGUAUCUUGUUAUGGAGUAUAUGGACCUUAACCUGAGGAAGUACAUGAUGGAUACUUCUCCUGAUAUUAUGAAAAAACCGAGAAUAAUAAAAAAUUUUCUGCAUCAGAUUCUAGAGGGUCUUGCUUAUUGCCACUCUAAUGAAAUUCUCCAUCGAGGUUUGAAACCUGAGAGUUUGCUGUUAGAUCAUGGUAAUCAGAGCAUAGUGAAGAUAGCAGACUUUGGAACAGCCAGGUCAAUUUUUGUUCCUGCCAGGAGACAUACUGAAGGGCGCAAGGUGACAAGUCAAUGGUACAGGGCACCUGAACUCCUACUUGGUGCCCAAAAAUACACCAAGGCUGUUGAUAUGUGGGCUGUGGGUUGUAUAUUUGCUGAGAUGGCGAUUCAACAGCCUCUUUUUGCAGCUACAACAGAGAUUGAACAACUGAACAAAAUUUUCAGUAUUUUGGGCAAACCAUGCGAAGCAACCUGGCCUGGAGUGACUGCAUUAUUUCCCACUCUAGCUUCUUUUGUCGAUUGUAUACCUAAGGACCUGAACAAAGUAUUGCCUGAUCUUGAACCAGAUGGAGUUGAUCUUGUUUAUAGAAUGCUCCGGUUGAAUCCAAAAGAUAGAAUUACAGCUUCUGAUGCACUAAAUCACCAAUACUUUUGAAGAUGUGAUUCCCAAUCCUCUUCGUGAUUCUCUGUCAAAAGAAUGUGUGCUGCCUCUGAAGAAUGUUUUGAUUCACAUUACCUUUGCAUGCAGCACUAUGUCUCUUUUCCUAAAGUUCUCUUCAAUUGGAAGAAAUAAACAAUUUGAUGUUGUUGACAGAACUACUCAGUAUGUAUGAUUCAUCCAUUUUUGACCAAUAAAGUACCCCCUCUUUUA